CGGGCCCACGUGAAUUCGAACUGUAAUACUGUAUAGUCGUGGAGCGGUGCGUUAAACAUUACAACAUGACGUCGUUCUCGAAAACGUAGUAUAAUAUUGUCUGUGUGUGUCUCUCUCCACGGUUAAAAAAUAAAUAAGCAAAUAUCGUAUCGCUAUCAAUAAUACGUUGUGUCCGGUGUCCCGUCAUACUCGUACGUCCGUCUGACAUUGUUCGGCCGUAUGACAUGCUAAAUACAGUACAGGUUAGGUUAACCUAACCUAACCUACCCGCAUAAUAUUGUGUAUACCUCCCUAUACGUGCGUGUGCAGACUGCAACUCUACUGCAGCCGAUUCGCGCUGCGAGUUGUGACCGUCAAAGUCAACCGGCACAUCAACGGAAAAAAAAAACAAAAAACGAGAGUGUGCGUUUGUUGUUGAUAUCGUGAAAGAGACUGCACCGCUAAUGAUAUAAUAUAGAGACACACUGUUGCAGAGGUAAUAUUUCGCACGGCCUUCCAUUCUAUAAUGCAUGCUCCAUCCGGGUGAAUCAGAAUUUCCGCGAGGAUCAUUCCCAAGUUACAGGGAUGACUCAUUUUUCGAUAAUCAACGAGGGCAUGAGGAAAAAAUGACGGCUCUAGUUGUAGAACCAACUGGGCUGCAGGUGACCAUGUUGGCGGUUAUGGUGUUGUCACUGGCGUGGACGUCCGCAACAAGUGGCGCCAGGAUUUUGGCCGUGUUCCCGUACAACGGCCACAGUCACUUCGCCAUGGUCGAACCGCUGAUGGUCGCGCUAUCCGAACGCGGUCACCAUGUUACCGUGAUCAGCCCGUUCCCGCGACGCAAAGAUAGCGACGGCGGAGGCCGGUACGUGGACGUGGACGUGUCGGACUCGCUUCCGCCAGUCAUCAGCCAGCUGAACGUGACCAAGGAGUUAGGGCACCGCGUCGACCCGGUUACCGGGCUUCGGGACCUGUGCCAAAUGAAUCACCGGGUGUGCGAAGCCACAUUCGAACACCCACUAGUCCGUGCGCUGAUCCACGAGCCCCACACGUUUGACGUGGUGUUCACCGAAGCAUUCGCCACAGACUGUUUCUCGGCGUUUGCGCAUGCGUACGACGCACCUCUGGUGUCCAUCCGGACGUCCAACUACUCGCCGCAGCUCAACCGGCGCGUGGCCAACCCGCAGAACCCAGCGUACCUGGUCAACCACCUACUCACGUACACCGGCCACGGCAUGUCGUUCGCCCAACGGCUGAUCAACGCGCUGGCCACGCACUUCGGCGCGGUCGGCUACCAUGCCUUCUCCGACGGCCCGUCCACCGAACUGGUCCGGCGGCACUUCGGUCCCGAUACACCACCAGUUCCUGAAAUCACGCUCCGACGCACCGCACUUGUACUGGUCAACGCUCAUCACAGCUUAACUCAGCCCAGGCCAACGGUUCCCAACGCGGUAGAGGUGGGUGGCUUGCACAUCACACAGCCUGAGGAACUUGAAAACGCGGCCAACGAAUGGACAGAUUACUGCGAUUUGUGCAACCAGGGUGUCAUUUACGUGUCUUUUGGUUCGUUGUUGAAAGGAUCGUCGUUUCCGGUACAGUUCACGACGGCAUUCGUACGGGCUUUCGAAGCGCUACCGUAUUGCGUGCUGUGGAAAUACGAGGGCGAAAUGAUAUCCAGACGAAUUAAAGUGUCCAAAUGGAUGCCUCAACAGCAGAUCCUGAGCCAUAAGAACGUCAAGGCAUUCAUAACGCAUGGUGGCCUUAUGGGCAUUAUGGAGGCUGUGCACUUUGCAGUGCCGAUGAUCGGCAUACCUGUGUUCGGCGAUCAGCAGUCGAACGUCGCCGACUGUGUCGCAAAAGGCAUAGCCAUCGGACUAGACCAUCAACAGAUAACCGUAGAAAAACUAAUCAAAAGCAUACAAUCUGUCAUCACGGAUAGCAAAUACAAGUCAAAGGCAUCCAAGUUGUCAGCAAGAUUCAGGGACAGGCCGUCAAGUGCACUGGAAACGGCCGUAUUUUGGACCGAGUACGUGAUCAGGCACGGGAAUUUGACCAACACUGCAUCUCUGGCGAUGGAUUUUGAUUUUUAUCAAUAUUUUUUGUUAGACGUGGUCAGCGUCGGGCUGUCGAUUUUGUUAUUUUUAUUUUACAUAGCGUUUCGAGUAAAAAAAUGUAUACGAUAAAAAUAUUAUAACAGUAUGUUACUCGUGACGCGAUUAAAAAAAUCCGUAAAUAUCCAAAGCCGAAAUCCACACUAAUUAUUAUAAUAAACGAAUUAACACGUUUUGUUAUGUUAUCUACCAUACUAUACCAUAUUUAUAAACCAUAUAUAAAAUUAAGUUACUAAGUUUAUAAUCACUGCAGCUAAAUCUAUUUUUUACAAUAUUAUACAUAAUAAUAUGAUAAACUGUAUAUAAAAUAAACAAAUUGAGCAAUAAUUCUGAAAAUAAGUAUAAUUUGUUUUUAAACAUUUCCCAUUUAGUUAUUAAAAUAAGUAAUAUUGUUGAUCAAUUAAUACAAAUAAAUGGUGCAACGUAUCAUAUUCGAUGA